AUGCACGGGCCAUUCACGGGGCACCACCCUCGCCUCGGCCACCACAUCGCCUCUGUGGGCCACCACUGUCGCGCCUUUCCGCAACUGCUCCACGGCGUGCCGCAAUCUGCGCAGCGACGUGUUUCACUGCGGCAACUGCCUCACGGCGUGUCCUUCUUUCCCCUUUCUGCCUUACACCCCCUCCCCCAUUCUCCCCCGUUCCUGCUCUCCCGCUGCUUCAGGCGUGCUUGCCGCAACCUACGCAGCGACGUGUUCCAUUGCGGAAAUUGCCUCACGGCGUGUCCGACGGGCCACCAGUGCUGCGACGGCGCGUGCGUCAGCACCAUGGACGAUCCACGUCACUGCGGCGGCUGCUACAACACGUGUCCUGCUGACACGGCAUGCCAGCUAGGCAUGUGCGGAUACGGCAGCAGCAGCGGCGGCAGCAGCAGCGGCAGCAGCGGCAGCAGCGGCAGUGCUGGCAGCAAAACUGGUGGCACUGGUAGUGCUAGUGGGGUUGGUGUGGCGACAGGAGAAUCCGCAGCGUCAGGAGAUUCUGCGGCAUCAGGUGAAAACUCAGGUGACGGAUCGGGUGGAGCGGAUGGCUCAGGGGAAAGCUCAGAGGGUGAUGGUGCGGAGGAGAAAGCACGAGCUGGGGACGGGAAUGAGAAUGGGAGGGAGAGUGAGGAAGAGAGGAGGAAGGAGGAGUGGAAGGAGCAUGUUGGAGGGAAGGUGAUUGAUCUAGAUGAGUGGCAGAAAGGGGUGCAGGAGAGCAGCUAUCAUUUGAAGAUGACUAAAGAGGGACAGGAGGGCAAGGGGAAGGCGAUUGAAGAGAAAGAGCACUCACAUGCUAGCAGUGAGGGCAGCAAGGGCGGCAAGAGUGUCAAGGGCAAGGGCAGCGGCAGCAGCAGCAGCAGCAGCAAGGGAGGAGGGGUGCAGGAGAGCAGCUAUCAUGAGGAGGAGAAGAGCAGUGCUGCUGAGGCAGGUGGGAAGCCAGAGAAACAGCCGACAGUAACAGGCAGCAGCAGGCAGGGCAUGCAGGGCACGCGAGACAUGGUUGAUACUGGGGGGGACCAGAUGAGCAGCAUACACGCCAGCUGCCGGGUUCCACCCACCACAUCUGCUCACAACCGCACAUACACAAGAACUGAGCUUUAG